AUGACUUCUUCUCUGAUGAAUAUACUGGCCAUGAUUGUCUUCGUCAUGGCUUGCCGACGAGUUUUUGCUCAGGACGAAUGCAGAGACCGCGUCUCGUGCACUAGACUGGAGCACCAAUGCCAGAACGAACGACUGCGACAGACGAUGCAGAUGAUCUGCAAACAGACCUGCGGUUUCUGCCAGGAGACCGACUGCAAAGAUUACAAGUCCAAGUGAGUUUCGAAGUUUGGAUCGCCGUUUCAUGAGGGCAUCAGCCAUGGUAUAAAGACUUUUUGACCCGACUAAUACUAUGUCUGGCCGAAAAAGAAUUACCCUCGUCGCGGCAUUGGAAUCGCAACCUCGAAAAUGAGCGGCACCGAAAGUUUGAGCGAUGCGUCGCAAAAAAUGCGCGCGACGAGAAAAAAUCGCCAAAUGGCCAGACUGAUAAAAUCGUUCUUUCAGCUGCGAGUUUUACCAGCAGCGUGGUAUGUGCCAGUUUGUCGAAAACUCGUGCAAAAGAACUUGCGGGAAAUGUGAAGACAAUGACGAUAACGACAAUGACAACGACAACAACGACGAGUCCAACGAGGAUGACAAUAACAACAAUGACGGGUCAAACGAGGAUGACAAUAAUGACAACGGAGACUCCAAUGAAAAUGACGAUAAUGGAAAUUCUUGGCAUAACCUUGGCUAA